AUGAUGGAACCACCACCAUGCUCGAAGAAGAGCCUGUCUCUGUCGCUCCCGGUUCCCCGGGAAGGACAGGCGACUCUGAAGCCUCCGCAGCAUCUCUGGAGACAACCCCGGACCCCGAUUAAAAUCAAACACCGGGGGUACUCCGACACCGACCGACAUCACCACCGGCACAUUGAGCGCUCCGACGCCGUGGAUACGAGCGACAGACCAGGACUGAAAAAGUCUCGGAUGUCCUGGCCAUCCUCUUUCCACGGGACCACAAACACAUCCAUCGGAAAUUGCGUCGGGAAUAAACGCUUCGACUCAGAGAAUGGUCCCUCGCCAGGCCGCAGUCCCAUGGAUUCGCAGGCGAGUCCUGGGUUGGUGCUCCACCCUUCUUUCCCCCAGAGUCAGCGCAGGGAGUCCUUCCUGUACCGCUCGGACUCGGACUAUGACACAUCCCCCAAAACCAUGUCACGCAACUCCUCCAUCAACAGUGAGGGACACGCCGAAGACAUGAUCGUCACCCCUUUCGCUCAGGUGUUGGCCAGCCUACGAACUGUAAGAAGCAACUUCACCAUCCUCGCCAAUGUCACAACACCCACUAACAAGAGGUCACCAGUGACAAGCCAACCCACUGUUCCCCAAGCUACACUCUCUGAGGAGACGUACCAGCAGAUGGCUCGGGAGACUCUGGAGGAGCUGGACUGGUGUCUGGACCAGCUGGAGACCAUUCAGACCCACCGCUCAGUCAGCGAGAUGGCCUCCAACAAGUUCAAGAGGAUGUUGAACAGGGAGCUGUCCCAUUUGUCAGAGAUGAGUCGCUCAGGGAACCAGGUGUCAGAAUACAUCUCCACUACCUUUCUAGAUAAGCAGAACGAGGUGGAGAUCCCAUCCCCGACCUUGAGGGAGAGGGAGAAGCCCAUGUGUCACAUCAGCGGUGUGAAGAAGCUCACGCACAGUUCCAGCCUUUCCAACUCCACCAUGCCUCGCUUUGGCGUGAAGACUGAACACGAGGAUGCGUUAGCCAGGGAGCUGAACGACUUGAACAAGUGGGGCCUUAAUAUCUUUCGUGUGGCAGAAUUCUCUAAUAACCGACCCCUCAGCUGCAUAAUGUUUGCCAUCUUCCAGGAAAGAGAUCUACUGAAGACCUUUCGGAUCCCUGUGGACACAUUUGUCACCUAUGUGAUGACCCUGGAGGACCACUACCAUGCCAACGUGGCCUACCACAACAGCCUCCACGCUGCAGAUGUCACUCAGUCUACUCACGUACUGCUAUCCACACCAGCUCUAGAUGCUGUGUUCACCGAUCUAGAGAUUCUAGCUGCGCUAUUCGCCGCUGCCAUCCACGAUGUGGACCAUCCGGGAGUGUCCAACCAAUUCCUCAUAAACACCAACUCCGAGUUAGCCCUGAUGUAUAAUGAUGAGUCUGUGCUGGAGAACCAUCACCUAGCUGUGGGCUUCAAGCUGCUUCACGAGGACAACUGUGACAUCUUCCAGAACCUCAGCAAGAGGCAGAGACAGAGCCUGAGGAAACUUGUCAUUGAUAUGGUUUUGGCAACAGAUAUGUCAAAACACAUGAGUUUGCUGGCAGAUCUCAAGACUAUGGUGGAAACCAAGAAAGUGACAAGUUCUGGUGUACUGCUGCUUGACCACUACACUGAUCGGAUACAGGUGUUGAGGAACAUGGUGCACUGUGCUGACCUGAGCAAUCCUACGAAACCCCUGGCGGUGUAUCGCCAAUGGACGGAGAGAAUCAUGGAGGAGUUCUUCAGGCAGGGAGAUAAGGAGAGGGAGCGAGGGAUGGAGAUCAGUCCCAUGUGCGAUAAACACACCGCCUCUGUGGAAAAGAGCCAGGUGGGCUUCAUUGACUACAUUGUCCACCCGCUGUGGGAGACAUGGGGGGACCUGGUGCACCCUGACGCCCAGGACAUCUUGGACACUCUGGAGGACAACAGGGACUGGUACCAGAGCACUAUCCCUCAAAGCCCCUCGCCGCCGCCUGUGGGCCAGGACAAGGAUCUUAAAGCCUGCAUGGACAAGUUUCAGUUUGAGCUCACCCUCGAAGACAGCUCUCAGAGAGAUCAGGGAGACGAGGAUGACAAGCCCACGCCAAACCACGAGGAGGAGGAGGAGGGUAAAAAGGAAGAAGAGGAAGACAUAAUGGCAGAGGAGGAAAAUGAGGACAUAAUAGAGGAGGAAGAUGAGGUGGCGAUGGAGGAAGAGGUGGAAGAGGAGCAGGAGGAGGAGCUGAAAGCUCAGCUGGAGGUGAGAUCUGAAAAGGAGAGACUUUCUGACACAAGUCCUGUAGAGGAAGAGGAGGAUUCUUCUUCACAAGCUGAAGAUACAUGAGUUCUGCUCCUGUAUCUCCCUCCUCACUUGCACACAUUAUCUUGUUCAUCCUUUCAAUGGCCAAACCAAGAACAAAUAAGACUGCAAUGACAAUACAGACCUUUAAAUAUAUUUUUCAAAAAGGGAAUAAAUUAAAAUCGCUUAAAGAGAAGUUAAUUACACAGCAACUGUAGAUUUGGAGUGGUGAUGAGUCCUCUGACUGAUUUCACAAUGAACUUUAGGCGGAGAGGAAUUUAGAAGAGCAUUAACGAUGGGCAACUGAAGACAGCGUAGCACUCUGGGACUGGGAUGCACACACAUAAACACACAUGAAGUGACACACAAACACAUAAGAGACCAGAGUAGGAGUAAGUCAUGUAGAACACACAGAUGCAAUGUGUGUAUGUGCAUGCAUCAGUCAUGCAGUAUAAUUGUCCAUCUGUAUCCUCUCCUUACACACACACACACACACACACACACACACACACACACAC